AACAACGCUUUAGUUGUCGUUUAGUUUAGUAAAACAGGGACCGUAAAAAUAUGAUCGAGGCCCCCCCUCUGAAACGGAAAUGGUAUUUUCCAACUGUCACCUUGCGAAUCCGAAAACGAAACUUAAAAGUCCAUCUUUGCUGGGAGCCAUUUUGUAGCUUACCAAAAAUAAAAAACCUGCCACACAUCAUCAAGAACACAAAGGGACAGCGUUGUCCAGCUCAGUUCAGUUAAAAUAGUGUCUGUGCAAACAAAUUGAAGACAAUAGCUAGAAAUUAAGUGUGCCCAGCUAAACGAGGAGGAGGCCACAACGCCAAGAAACCAAAACUACAAGUAUGGACAGUACACAGACAUCUGUCGACGACAAUGAUGAUUAUGAAUUAAUCAGUUCAUCAGAUUCAGAUUCAGAAAGCCUAAUAAGAGCCUGGUCUGGCAUGGAUUUCCGGUCUCUGCCACGUUCCUUCAAUUAUAGCAACAGAUCAUUGCCGAAGAAAAAAACACAAUCCCCAGAGCCCAGCUUUGUGUCUAUGAAGAGUGACUGGUCUAUGGAUCCUCCACCUCUUAUAAGUCAUAAAAAGAAAUCAUCAGUUAUAACAGAGCCCAGCUUUGCGUCUAUGAAGAGUGACUGGUCAAUGGAUCCUCCACCUCUUAUAAGUCAUAAGAAAUCAUUACACUUCCGAAAAAGAAGAUUAACAAGAAAGUUGUUACCCAGUACAGUGGAUCAGCCAAAACUUGUGAGUCAUCGACGUGAACAUAAAAUGAUCAAAUCACAUCUAAGAAAGAAAUUUGAGCAUCUGUACGAGGGAACAGCAAAUCGGGGAAACCCAACACUGCUGAAUGAGAUCUACACAGAGCUCUACAUCACAGAGAGUGAGAGUGGAGAGAUCAGUAAUGAACAUGAAGUGAGACAGAUUGAGACACAGUCCAGGAGAGCAGCAACAGAGGACACACCGAUCAAAUGCAGUGAGAUCUUCAGAUCUUUACCUGGACAAGACAAAGACAUCAGAACUGUGCUGACAAAGGGAGUCGCUGGCAUUGGAAAAACAGUCUCUGUGCAGAAGUUCAUCCUGGACUGGGCUGAAGGGAAAGAGAAUCAGGACGUCCAGCUCAUAUUUCCACUUCCUUUCAGAGAACUCAAUCUGAUGAAGGACAAAAUAAUCAGUCUUUCAGAUCUUCUUUAUGUCUUUUUCCCUGAAACAAAAGAAAUGGACAUAUCCAGUGAUGAAUAUAAAGUGUUGUUUGUCUUUGAUGGUCUGGAUGAGUCUCGUUUUCCUUUACAUUUUAAAAAGAAGGAGAUUGUACAGGAUGCAAUCAAAGAGACAUCAGUAGAUGUGCUCCUGAUGAACCUGAUUGUGGGGAAUCUGCUUCCCUCUGCUCUCAUCUGGAUCACCUCCAGACCAGCAGCAGCUGAUCUCAUCCCCUCUGAGUGUGUCCAUCGAGUGACAGAGGUACGAGGAUUCAAUGAUCCGCAGAAAGAGGAAUACUUCAGGAAGAGGAUCAGUGAUCAGAGUCUGGCCGACAGAACCAUCUCACACCUGAAGUCAUCAAGGAGCCUCUUCAUCAUGUGCCACAUCCCAGUGUUCUGCUGGAUCUCAGCCGCUGUUCUAGAGAAGAUACUGAGUCAAGCAGAGAGUAGAGAGAUUCCCAAGACUCUCACUCAAAUGUACACACACUUCUUGAUCCUUCAGACCAACAUCAAACAUGAGAAGGACUAUGAGAAUUACGUGAAAGAUGAAGAGAUGAUCUUUAAGCUGGGGAAACUGGCUUUUCAGCAGCUUAUGAAAGGAAAUGUAAUCUUCUAUGAGGAAGACCUGAGAGAGUGUGACAUUGAUGUGACAGAAGCAUCAGUGUACUCAGGAUUGUGUACUCAGAUCUUCAGAGAGGAAUUGGGCUGGUAUCAGGGGAAAGUCUUCUGCUUUGUUCAUCUGAGCGUUCAGGAACAUCUAGCAGCUCUAUAUGUGCACCUCUCCUGGACAAACCACAACAGAAAUGUGUUUGACCAAAUCUCCGAACAAACUUCUAAAGCCAGGAAAACUCUUCUGGAACAUGAUCUGAGACAACGUAAUUUCUUGCCUGUAAAAUCUUUGAAACAAUUACAUUUUUACCUUUCCAUACAACAUAUGAGAUUUGAGCUGCAUCAGAGAGCUGUGGAUGAGACUCUACAGAGUAAAAAUGGACAUCUGGAUCUUUUCCUGCGGUUUCUUCUGGGUCUGUCAGUAGAGUCUAAUCAGAUUCUCCUACAAGGACUAAUAACGCUGAGAAGAAGAAGCUCUGACCACAAUGAGGAAAUAGUUGAGUAUAUUAAGGAGAAGAUCAGGACCAUUGACUCUUUAGAGAAAUCCAUCAGUCUGAUGCACUGUCUGAAUGAACUGGGUGAUAAUUCACUAGUAGAGGAAAUACAGCAAUAUCUGAAGUUUGGGACAAUAAAGAAAACCAAACUGUCUGCAUCUCAGUGGUCAGCUGUAGUUUUUGUGUUGUUGACAUCAGAGAAGGAGCUGGAUGAGUUUAGGCUGAAUGAAUUUGUUGAUGAAAACAAAGCUGAUCACAUUCUUCACAAGUUGUUGCCUGUGAUUAAAGAAUCCAGAAGAGCCAAGUUGAAUGAUUGUGGUGUCACAGCUGAAGGUUGUCGUGCUCUGGCUUCGGCUCUGAGAUCAAACCCCUCACAUCUGAGAGAACUGAAUCUGUCCGGGAAUAAAUUAGGAGAUUCUGGUGUGAUUUAUCUCUCUUCUGGACUCUCUCAGUGUAAACUAGAGAGACUCAGGUUGUGUAAGUGUGGCAUUACAGAUGAAGGUUGUUCUGCUCUGGCUUCAGCUCUGAUAGCGAACCCCUCGCACCUGAAAGAACUGAAUCUUUCCGAGAAUAAUCUAAAAGAUUUUGGAGUUAGGCUUAUCUGUGCUGUACUCAAGAAUCCUGGCUUUAAAUUGGAGAUACUGGGGUUGAGUCUGUGUGGAAUCACCAUUGAAGGUUGUGCUGCUCUGGCUUCAGCUUUGAUAUCAAACCCCUCGCACCUGAGAGAACUAGAUCUGACUAAGAAUAGACCUGGAGAUUCAGGACGUGAACUGCUCACUGCUCUACUGAAUUCUCCACAUUAUAAACUGGAGACACUGAAGUUUCGCAGUUUUCCGAUGAUAUUUUCAUCUUUACCUUGCCACAAAUUUCCACACCGACUCCAUCCCCACACACUUACAGAAUAAUAUGACACUCGGGACAGUCUCUCUCCACUUUUGAGAAAAACUAAAAGCACAAUGCUGGUAACAGCUGGAACUACGACAGUGGGAAAGCGCCAUGGACAUUUCUCUUGAAGAACAAUCAAUCAAAUCAAUCAUUUUUAUUUAUAUAGCACUUUUAACAACACAGGUUGCAUCAAAGCACUGAACAGUAUAAAGCAGAAGAAUACAAUGACAGGGAUGUAUAAUGACAAGAUAGUCACUA